AUGUUGAGCCCUACAUUUGUUCUGUGGGAAAUUGGAUAUCCCUUAUACACUUAUGGCUCCAUCAUCAUUAUUGCGUUAAUUAUUUGGCAAGCGAAAAAGAACCACCAAGAAUUGAAGUUGGGACCUAACAAGAGCUGUUGCCGGCAUCAACGGAGAGUCAAACAAAGGGCUAAAGAUAAAACAUCAAGAGCUAGGAGACAUUCCUGCAAAGAAACUGAGAAGCCAUGGGAGCUGCUCUCUGUCAUGAAAAGCCAGAGCUGGUUUCCUCAGGAGGGAAAUGUGCGGAGACUCCUGUGUGCAGAUACCUCCUGCCUCAUCUGCAACGCUAUGGCUCUGGAGAUUAAGCAGCUGCUGGCGAAUGAGAACACCUUGAUCUCUCCUACUUCAUCGGGGCGAUCACAGGGCUCCUCUUGCCUAGAUAUUUUGUCCAUGUCUAGUUUGUCUUUUGAUCAGAGUAAGGGUUCUCAACCCUCCAAAGAGCUUUCACUUUCAUCUGCAACCCCCUUGAUGUUACAAUUAACGGAUCACAAAUCCUUAACCCAGUCAGCUGCCCAGUCAACUGAUGCAGUCAGUAUCCAGGAUUACUGGGCUGACCACCAGCUAAAGCAGGGAUUUCAAGCACCAGAUGUGCAUUGGGAUGCAGGAGCUCUGUCUUCUUCAAGCCUUGAGGAGUGCAGGAUUCCUGUGAAGCAACAGGACAAGAAGAAGAGCAACACCGAAUGUGUCUUGGAGAAAAAAGAAGCUGCAGAAGCUGGCUUGGGAAAUAAGAUGAAGCAUACUCCACACUCGAUUAACCCCAAGGUGAAAGAUCAAGGGCAUAAGGAAUCCAUUCUCCUCUCUAAGGAUGAGACAGUGGCCAAAACCAUGAUCAAAAAGGUUGAGAAGAGUCCACCCUCCACCAAAGGCCCUGCGAAGCUAGCUAAGUUGGAGAAGACAACAGAGGACAAGAGUAUCACCUUCUUUGAUGCCCGCCAGAGCCUAGACAAUGAACUCCAGCAACACUCCUUUCAGUCCAGACGCUCCUGGUUCCAGUGCCUUUCCCACAACUCUAAGCACAGUCCUCUGCUGACUUGUGCCCCUCAACCAAAAAUCCAUGCCAGGCCUCAAAUUUCACCUCAGCAGGAGGCACUGAGCUAUAAAAGAAGAAAACCCAUUCCAGAAAAAAAGGAGUUUAGUGUUCCCCAAACAUCUGCAUCUCCCUAA